CGGAAACGAAAUUGAGCGCACUCGUUUCGCACAAUCGAGCGAUCGAUUCGGUAAUGACCCCUUAUAACUUAAUUGGAUCACAUAAGAAGGCUAAUCUGUGCGCUAAAUUUUUGCAAGCUAUUGCUGCUACUUUUCGGUCUACCGACGGCUUAUUAUUUUCUAAAACGCAAGCGAAUUGUUUGGUAACCCGGAUGAUGAAUCAAGUGCCGUCGAUGGAGGAACUCUUUUCAGUAUGAAGGUAAGAAAUUUUAUCGUCUGCUUGUAUACAUCAACAACCAUGGCGGUAGAGGAGAAUAGCGCGAAGAGGCAAAGGAAAUCAAACUGGAGUUCAAGAGACGAGAUCAUCCUCGUUGAGGAAGUUCAAAAAAGGGAGUCCCUAUUAUUUGGGAAGUUGUCGGGGCCAGGCAGGACUGCCUCAGACAAGGCGAAAGCCUGGCAGGAUAUUGUCAAUCACUUGAAUGCUGGUAAUACAUUUGCCCAAAGAAGUGUGUUCGAAAUUAAGAACAAGUACCAGAAUAUCAAACAGAAAGAGCCUAUUGGUGAUUUGGAGAGCCUAUUUCUACUGCUGCCUCCUAGCCACACUGCUUCUCCAUCAACAUCAUCAGCUGCAAUUGUAUCGCCAUUGUCCAUUCCGUCCGUUACUGCUUCUUCAUCAUUUACCGUUUCCUCCACUUGUACAUCAUCUUCAACAAUAAUCUCUUCAACUAGUGCAUCAGCAUCAGUGACUCGGCCCUCUACUACUGUAGCAUGUACAACUUCAUCCCCCAUAACAUCAGAAACGCUUCUGAGUGAAGAACCUUUGAACAUUAGAGAGAGGAGAAAGCUCAUUAAAGACCAACAGGUGCUAACUAGAAUUCAGAAACACUACUUUAUGUUGAAAAUAAAACAGAGAUCCAUUUUUUGACAUGAAUGUUUUAUGAGUGAAAGUUAAUUACCUCCCUUCAAAAAACAAAAACUGGCAUUACUCAUAGCAUUAUAUAUAUAUACUUGAUAGUAUUUAACUUUGCAAACAAUACUGAAGAUCAAUUUUAAUAAAGCACAUAUGCGUAAUAAUGGGGUUUAUAUGAGAAUUAUUAUUUAUCUAUAGUCAGAAAUUAAGAAAACAGAAUAUAAGUGUAUUAAUUAAACAAUUCUUCUCACAGGGCAAAAAUACAUAGGAAUUAAAUGCAACUCUAACAGUACAGGAAUGGAAUACAUUUUUCAAUGUAGUGUGAAAAAUAUGAUAACCAAAUGAAUAGAAAUAAUUCAUAUUAUAAAAAUGAAUUUUUAUGUCUUUAUCACAAUGAACAAAAUCCGGUUUUUGGUUUUUAAUGCCAGUUUUUGUUCAUUUUCCUCUCUCUAGUAUUCAGAAGCUAUUACUUUUGUUGUUCAUGCUGUUUCUUUAAUAGUUCACCUUAAUUCAGUGGUAUGCAUGCAUCUAUAUAAUAGUAUGGAUUGACAACUGAUAUUGAAUGAUUUUAUUGUAUGUGGUCAGAAUGAUUAAUUGUUGUUUGCAGAUUACAGAAAUUACAUGUAUAUGUGAUUCAUGAUAUGUAUGCAUUAGCUAGAAAAAAGACACAGUUUAGUUUAAUCAAUAACCAAAGACCAUGUGUAUGUUGCCACCCUUUUAAAGAUGUCAGACAUACAUAAAGAAAAGUAUUUGUCAACAUCAGAGAAUUGCACAUUUGCAAUAAGAAGAAUGAUAAAAAUACAUUAAAAACUUGUUAAGAUGACCAUAAAAACUACUACUAUAUUAAAUUACAUACUUAAUUGUAGACGUCAGGGAAAUCAUUGUAUAAAAGACAUAUAGUAUAGAAAAUACCAGCUCAGAAGUUAUUGCCCUUGACAACAUUUUUUAUUAUGAUAAAUGAUUGAUUAGUUAUGGUUAAUAUAAACUUGAUUUUCAAUGUCGGACAGUUUAGAAUUAUGUAUUGGUAUGUGCAUUUCAAUACAGUAAUUUGUUCUUAAAUGAGACAGUAAACCAUAUAAGGUUGGAAUGUUAUUUUUACAAAGCAUGAAAAAUAUACUGCUUUAAGCAUGCAUAUAAUAUAAUAAAGUUUUCAACUCUAUUGUUAUGAUUUAGUGAAAAUUUACCCAAAUUAGUAUUAACAGCAUGAAAACCAACUCUAUUAGAGGUUGUUCUGUAAAUAUGCAAACUAAAGUCUCGAUCUCCAAAGUACAAUUAUUUUAUCACACAUGACAAACAUAUAGUUUUUACCUUACUAUUGUAAGUGGUUUUGAUGUUGAUCUUUUUAAGAUAAUGAUUAACAUUUUUUAAAAAUUGGUAUCAAAAUUGUGUCAAGAGCAUUGGUGAUUUUUUAUAAAAUGACUGUAAUUUUUUUCAAUGAAGUGUUUCUCAGCAAACAUUCAAUAUUCCCCAUGUAUGAAUUAUAUUAUUCUAAAGAUCUAACUUCUAAAUAUUUGAAAUAUAUGUUUGUAGAUAGAACUAAUGAUAUUGUAGGAAAAUGGGAUUCUUUAGCUAAUAUUGCAAGCUUGAUUAUAUGUAUUUAUAGCUUACGAUCUUUUCUCGUUAUUUCCAGUCGUUGACUGAGUAUGUUUACAUACAUGUGCAUAUGUUACCGGUGUUAUUUAUAGUUUUAAUCAAAGGUUUGUAUGUAAAACCACAAGUUAUUAAUAUGACUAUUGCCUACUUACGCUGAUUACUUCAGUAGCAUGGUGUUCAUCCACAUAUAUUUGUGUAUAUAGCGAUUUUUUUAAUGUGAUAAACAAGCACGUUGUUCGUGUGAGGUGCCA